AUGAGGAAAUCUAGGGGUUCCUAUAAUGAUAAUAAAUAUAUAAUAAAGGAAAAUAAAAAGAUUAUUACAAAGGAUAUUAAAAAGAAGGAUAUAGAAGAUCUAAUUAAUAAGACAGAUGUUUGUCAGAAUAAAUUAUUUGAUAUUAAUAAACGUUAUAAUAUUCCUGUAUCUUGUGAAAGAUGUUUAAUAUUUACUUUAUCAGAAAUUAGUUAUUUAGUAGAAUGUAUUAUGAUUCAACAAGGUGACAAUACUUUUGUAUCUCAUCAAAGUAUUGAUUGGGAGGAAAUAUCAAAUAAAUUUAAUAAGACAUCAUUUGAAUUGGAAUAUUUUUGUCUUAAUUUUAAUCCAAUGAUUCACUAUAGACCCUCAUUAGGUUAUGUUAUAUUACCAUUUGAUCAGACAAUUAUUGAUUAUAAAGACUCUAUAUCUAUAAAGUCAUCAGUAUUAAAAAAUAUAAAUAUAGAAUAUUAUCAUACAAGGCUCGAAAAGAUACUUAAACCAUUUCUAAUAUUUGUUAAAAAUAAAUCAGCAUAUAUCCUAGAUUCAUUUCAGGCUAGUAUAUGUCCUAAUAAUAUGAACAUAAAUUCAUCAGAUACAAAGGAAUAA